AUGGCUGCCUGGGAGUAUAAGUGUUGGGGGUUUGAUAGCCUGAAACUUCUUCCUGUUCACGAUCCUUCGCCUUGUUUACUUCACGAUCUUCCUCGGACACAACCUUCGCACUAUCGUCAGCUCACUAGAAACCACCAUAUCACCAGAGCAUCCAUUGGAUCCCAACUGACCAACACGUCACAAACCUCACCGGCUACAUGCAAAAAGCCUUCACUCAAGAUGUUUUUCAUCGCCGCUAUCCGCAACUGGAGGGUUGACCCGCGCCGUGUCAAAGACGAAGCCAUCCGCAUGUUGAGGAUCUUGACCGGGUCGAUAUAG